AUGGCAAAAGUAGCGGCGCUGCUCACUGUCUUCGCAGCGAGCUUCAGUGGAGCAACCUCGGCGAAGGUAUACUCGUUCGGACGCAAUGCAGCCGCAUUAGCUACGGUCGCUCCGGCCAAUUAUUCCACCGACCACGGUGCGUCAGACACUACCAAGACCCCUACUAUGAACUACACAACCGAUACCGUUGACAACGCCAGCACCACAGCCACUAUACGAGAAACCGAAUCACCAGCUUACUUGCCAACAGCCAACGAUGAGGCCCGAGAACUGGAUCACGACGACUCCGACGGCGAAGACGCUGACGAAGAGAGCGACGUUGACUCAGUGGAUGAUGAUGACUCGAGCACUGGCUCUGCAGCCGCAUCCAAGUCUGUGGAAGCAGCGCUAUCGAUAGGCAGCGUGAUCAAUGCCACCAGCACGAUUCGGCCCACGUACGCGAACUGGGUAGGCUCCGCUCUCGACACUUCCUUCGCUACCGCGUGUUAUCGAGAAGCACACAUCGCCAAGGAGUGUCCAUUGGGGUUCAAAGACAAGCUUGGAACAUGCUGGGCGCAGUGUCCGUACGCGUACCCAGUCGAGUGUGGCCUGGAGUGCAUUCGACAAAACGACGACUGUGGGCUUGAGAUCGUCACUAAAGUGUCGGCUUUGGCGCAAACGACUCUAUCUCUCAUCACGUACGAUGUAUUUGGCAAGCUGGCGGCGUUGGCGAGAGGUGUGCAAGUGGUUAUCAAGUGUGCCAAGUAUAUGAUGGGUUUGAUCAAGUCGCUGGCCAAGUAUGUUCGUAACAUCCAAGUGACUGAUCCGCAGACGUCUCAAGACAAACUUUUGGCGAUUCUGUACCAGACUGACAACGUUGUUGUCGACAUCCCCAUCGCUGUCUUCUACUGCAUCGGGAGCUACGCGUCGGACGAGCUCAAGCUCGCGGAUAGUGUGCUAAUGACUGCCGAAUAUGUGCUGAAGGAAGUCAUCGCGAAUGGCGCGACGAUCGUUUCUAGUUGGGACAAGUUUACCAGCUUCAUGAAGAAUAUCACGCUUGGAGAGUCCAUCACGUCGCUGAAAGAGACCGAUAUCAAGUCAUUGAAGUCAGCGCUGAAGUCAAACUCCACCUGCGGGUACGACAUGAAGAGACUGCUGGAUCGCACGUGGAUGACCAUCGCAGAGUUUCGCAAACACAACCCGAAAAUGUCCGAGGACGACAUUCGCGUCGCUAUAAGUAAGUCGAAUCUCGUGCUGAACGACAUCCCCAUCGCGACAAACAACUGCAUGAGUGAGUUGAUCGCUCAAUCGGACGAGAAAACGGCUUUUGCCACUCGCGAUACGCUCCGAAAAACAUUUGGAGGCAUCGUGGACGAUCUCAUCAGCUCGGGAACCAGCAGCAAUGGGACGUAUCUCAGCGCCGGCGAGUAUGCUUUCAAAAUUGCCGACAAAGCGUUUUCGUUCUACUCGAUUUGGGAUCCGUGGUCUUUCACUGGCGCGCUUUCCGAGUUUUUCCAACCGAUCUGCGGGCCCACCGAGUUCAUCGGGGAAAUCGACGACGGCGAUGCUGAAAAGGCGCUGGGAAUGUCGAUCGUGCAGCGUGCGUUUAACAACAGUGUCGGCUCGUGGACGAAAGUUGGCGAUGGGUCUGUGCGUAUUACUUUCAAAAGUGUCGAUACCGAAGCGGUGACUGUGAAUAUCAAGUCUGGUGGUGACAAAAUAGACGAAGUGGACGUUCCAGCAGGAAAAACGGUGACGUGGAAGUCAAAUGUGACGGCGCUGGCGGGUAAGACGCUGUAUCUGGAUCGUUGGCGGCCCGGAUUUCUUGGUCUUCCUGGCACUGGGGGUGGUUCGUUGUUGUUAUGGGUUCCUCGAUCUACCCAAGGUGGAAGCUUGGAGCUCACUGCGAUGUUAAAUGUGAGUUAGGUGUAGUGAAGU